AUGACGUGCGAAAACCUCCUUCAAUUGCUCCAGGCCGUGGCUGGGGAGAGGGAAAGUGGGCAGAUUAUUUGUUACUCCUCGGGCCCGACCAAAUGCCGCAGCACUUACUCCUAUUGCGACCUCUUGCGUGAGGCACGUCAGGCUAGUCAAGCACUCUGCCGCAGGAAUGCCAAUGACAUCCUGCCCCAGUCACCAGUGCUUCUGCAUUUUACAUCCCACUGGGACAACAUCGUCUGGUUCUGGGCAGUGAUGUUGGCGGGAUGUAUUCCGGCCAUGUCCACGGCGCUUCCCAACAGCCCCCUCCUCCGCACGGCUCAUCUCAAACAUCUGUCCGUAAUGCUGAAGCAGCCUUUGUGCUUGACUCGAGAGAGCCAGGUGCCUGAAUUUGGUGACCAGAAUGCAAUACGCCCCGUAUUCGUCGAAUCUCUCAAUUUGUCAGCAUCGUCAUUUGUGGAGAACAUAAAUAUCAACCCUGGGCCAGAUGACACUGCCGUCAUGCUCCUCACCUCCGGCAGCACCGGGAAUUGCAAAGCAGUUUGCCUAAGCCACGGUCAAAUCCUGGCCGCGAACGUCGGCAAGCUUUCAGUCGUCUCGCUCCCCGGUAGAAGCUUAAUGAACUGGGUUAACCUCGACCAUGUUGCAGCAUUGGUUGAAAUCCAUUUGCAAGCCAUGCUCGCUCGCAUGGAUCAAGUGCAUGUUCCCGGAUCGGAUCUCCUGUCGAAUCCUACCACCUUUCUUGACUUGAUCGACACACACCGUGUCUGCCGGACAUUUGCGCCCAAUUUCUUCUUAGCCAAACUUCGAGCCACCCUUGAAAAUCUACAGGACACGCCUCAGUGGGAUCUCAGCUGUCUCACAUACAUUGCUUCAGGCGGAGAAGCUAAUGUGACUCGAACAUGUGCUGGCAUCUCGAAACUAUUGGUCCAACACGGCGCCCCAUCGAAUGUUAUCGUACCUGGGUUCGGAAUGACUGAGACAUGUGCCGGGGCCAUUUUCAAUACGCGAUGCCCCGAGUAUGACGAACAGGAGAAGCUAGAAUUCGCGGCAGUCGGCCAAUGCAUGCCGGGCAUCCAGGUUCGGAUCACGGAUGGCUCGCCCGCCAACACCUGCGUUCCGCCAGGCGAGGUUGGAAGCCUUGAAGUCACCGGCCCUGUAGUAUUCAAAUCUUACUUCAACAACGUUCGAACCACAGCGGACUCCUUCACAAGCGAUGGAUGGUUCAAGACGGGCGACCGUGGUUUGCUUGACCCGAACGGCUAUCUCAUCAUGGCCGGUCGCGACAAGGACACAAUGAUAAUAAACGGCCUCAAGUAUAACCCUCAAACUAUUGAGAGAGCACUGGACGAUGCGAACAUCCCAGGCCUUGCUCCUUCUUAUAACUGUUGUUUCUGUUCGCUACCUCAGGGGGGUGAUACGGAAGAAAUCUGUGUGGUCUACCUACCAACGUUUCAAGCAGACGAUAUGGUUGCCCGGGUUCAAACGACUGAUGCUAUCUCCCAGACCGUCAUGAUGUGCACCGGUGCACGACCGCAAGUCAUUCCACUCUCAAAGCCUCUCCUCCAAAAGACAGCACUGGGCAAACUCUCUCGGGCGCAGAUCAAAGGUAGCUACGAGAGAGGGGAGUACCAGCCUUACCAGGAGCUGAACAGCAAGAUGGUAAAGCUCUACCGAAGCAUUACAAAAGCACCACCAAGAGACGAACUCGAAUCUACGCUCCUCGCAAUUUUCUCCGACACCCUCGGGCUCGAAGACGAAGACUUCGGAGUACAAAGUCCACUUCUCGACUUGGGCAUCACCUCAAUCGAGCUGAUCAAGCUUAAGAAGGCCCUCGAGGAACUCUUAGAGCUGUCUCAGGAAAUCCCAAUCAUCACACUUCUUAGAAACCAGACCAUUCGAGCGCUAGGUGAAUCUGUUCGAGAUCUCCAGAAUCUCGCAUCCCAAGCUCCCCAGGUUUAUAAUCCGGUCGUUGUUCUGCACAACGAGGGCCACAAGACACCGCUCUGGCUCGUCCACCCGGGGGUCGGCGAAGUGCUUGUCUUCUUGAACCUGACCAAAUACAUUCAAGACCGCCCGGUUUUUGCCCUCCGAGCGCGAGGUUUCAACGACUCGGAGGAGCCAUUCGCUAGUAUCGACGAUGCAGUUACCACAUACCACAGAGCGAUUAAGCAGACACAGCCUGAAGGCCCCUACGCGAUUGCCGGCUACUCCUACGGUGCCAUGCUCGCCUUCGAGACCAGCAAGCGACUCGAGCAACACGGGGAUACUGUGGGAUUUCUCGGCUCGUUCAAUCUUCCUCCACAUAUUCGAUCGCGCAUGCGCCAGCUGGACUUCCGGCAGUGUCUGCUGCAUCUCGCGUACUUUUUGGAACUGAUGAGCGAGGGUCGCGCGAGUGAGCUGGCGACGGAGCUUGGGGACGCCAUCUCGCAGGAGGAAGCGCUGGAUAUAGUGUGGGGGAGUUCAGACCCAAAACGGCUGGCGGAGCUGGCACUGACGAGGCAGGGUCUUCUGAAGUGGGCGUGUCUCGCGUUCGGCCUGCAGAGUAUGGCAGUAGAAUAUGAGCCGUCCGGGUCGGUUGUCGGCAUUGAUUGUUUCUAUUGUAUCCCACUUGCGGGAGUGGCGUCCUCCAAGCGCCAGUGGUACGACGAGCACAUGGUCAAAUGGAAGGAUUUCGCGCGGUCGGAGCCGCGGUUCCACGAUGUGGCGGGCGCGCACUACACAAUGCUGUCGCCAGAGCAUGUAUUUGGGUUUCAAAAGACGUUGCGGCGGGCGCUGGAGGAGAGGGGACUUUAACACGAGGUUUUUCAAGUAUUGUGUUGGUGUGUGAUAGUCUUGGACUUCUUCUGGAAUUGCAUAAGAGACUGGUUUUGG